UUUUGUUUGCUUGCGUCUUGCGUUGUGUAGGGCACUAUCCUAGGUCUGGCGCUGCGCUGGGCCAGAUCCCUUUCCCCAAUGUAGCACUCACUGCUCCUCUCAUGGCGGAAUUUCCAGCGAUCGCGUAGCUGCGGCUGCCCCAAGAAUCGUCGUCUUGUUCCCAGGAUUCCCAGCAAAUUCGUGGAUUCUCAGCCAUGGGCGGUGUGACAUCCACAGUUGCAGCUAGGUUUGCCUUCUUUCCCCCGACGCCUCCGUCGUACGCAGUGAUCCGGGACCAGAUCACUGGCCGCUUGGUCCUCUCGGAUGUUCUCAACCGGGAUCACGUCGAUGUGGUGAGCAUGAAGACGAAGCGAGGGCAAGACAUUGUGGGGAUCUACGUCCACCAUUCCGCCGCGCGCCUCACGCUGCUCUACUCGCAUGGGAAUGCGGCGGAUUUGGGACAAAUGUAUGAGCUCCUGGUGGAGCUCAGCGUCCAUCUCCGGGUGAACGUCAUGGGAUACGAUUAUUCAGGCUACGGAGCAUCUAGUGGAAAGCCGAGUGAAGCAAACACGUACGCGGACGUGGAAGCUGCCUAUCAGUGCUUGGAGCGAGACUAUGGCGUGAGACAAGAGGAUGUGGUGCUCUAUGGACAGUCCGUGGGAAGUGGCCCGACAGUGGACCUGGCGGCCAGGCUCCCGAAAGUUCGAGGCGUUGUUCUUCACAGUCCGAUCCUCUCCGGCUUGCGUGUUAUGUACCCCGUCAAGAGAACAUACUGGUUUGAUAUCUACAAGAACAUUGAAAAGAUAAGACGCGUGAAUUGUCCCGUGCUCGUCAUUCACGGUACCAGCGACGAAGUUGUGGAUUGCUCGCACGGCAAGCAGCUGUGGGAUCUUUGCAAGGAAAAGUACGAGCCACUGUGGCUCAAAGGAGGGGGUCACUGCAACUUGGAGCUCUAUCCAGAGUAUAUCAGGCACUUGCGCAAGUUUAUCAUGUCUCUUGAGAAAUCCGGUGGCCCAAGGAACGGGGGAGGGAUCGAAAGGACCCGGUCUUACUAACGAGACAGAAAAAACGCUUGUAUUUUUAUGAAACAGGUAGACGACCUGUUAUUACAAGAGCUUUUUAUGCUGUACACUUCAAAGAAAUUUUAUAUCUUGUUAUAAGAAGAGCCACGAAGCUCUUUACGUC